AUGAUAGGCUCAAAUUCAAAUGUUGAUGAAUCGCAUUUGAAUGCAAACGCACAAUCAUCAAUUGAACAACCGUCAAUAUUUGAUAUCCUCUCUCAAGAUAGUCUCACGAUUUCACUGAAACCCGCAAUUCGACACUUGAUAAAGUAUUUGUCAUCGAUAUGUCCGCAGAGAUUCGACACUGCAAGCAAAUGGUAUGAUGAACUGUAUACGGUUUUCGAAUUGGUCACUUCAGGUGCGUCAUUCUCGGAGAAUUUUUAUGGUAUCAAGCGAAUAGCGUUAUCGACGGGUUCGAUACCAUCAAGAGGCUUCGCAAGACUGAGAUCAUUGAUAAUCAUUGUUAUUUGGCCAUACAUAAAAGACAAACUGGAUCAGCUGCACGACCAGGUCUCUUUAUAUUUUCGUGUUCUUCCCGCAAACUACGCGAAUACCUCAUCAAAACUAAAAGCAGCACAAUAUUUUCACCGUAUAUAUCCAUGGUUGAAAUUGUUGAUGAGUGGUGUAACGUACAUGCUGCAGUUAGCAUACAUUCUGUCAACGUCACCCAUACAUUCACCAUUAUUGUAUAUGGCUGGUGUUCGACUGGAAAAGCUCUCAACAAAUGAUAUCGCUCAAUUCGAUUAUAUACCAGCGCAUUUACGUCAACAUGGUCUAUUGAACCGUUUAUGGCGUUACAUACUUGCGUUACCGGGAAUCUUCAGUCGUUUAUUCGCUUACUCCUUAUUGUUUGUUGAGUUUAUUGACUUCUUUUACAAUACCGACUUCGGUAUACAGCAAAGGUCAUCAACGAUCAAAAAAUAUAGCAACAAGAUCCCUGCGGCACCUCAUAAGCGUGUCAACGAAAGAGCCGUCAUGCUCCUUGAAUCAGAUAAAUGCCCGAUUUGCUUACGACCACGUCAGAACGAUACGGUUUUAAACGUUUCUGGCUAUGUUUUUUGCUACGAAUGCAUCAGUGAGUACGUUAGCAGAGAGCGUAAGUGUCCUGUCACUUCAUUGCCCGCAAAGAUAGAUAAUUUGAUACGGAUAUUUCAUGACAUUCACGGGUGA